AUGGACUCGCGAGAUUCGGCAUCUCAAUCCUCCUCGUCCUCCGUCGCCGCACCGGCGACCAGCGGUUCCACGUCCGCCAACGGGGAGGACGACGCUAUCCUCUCCUUGACUGCUGCUCUCGCCAAGGAUGCCGCAUUGCACUUCCAGUCCCGCCGCUUCUCCGACUGCCUCGAGGUUCUGCAUCAGCUCAAGCAGAAGAAAGAAGGCGAUCCUAAAGUACUUCAUAAUAUUGCUAUAGCAGAAUAUUUUCGAGAUGGUUGUUCGAAUCCAAAGAAGUUGCUUGAUGUACUCAAUUCUGUGAAGAAGAAAAGCGAGGAUCUUGCAAAUGCUUCCAGAGAAGCUGUGGAAGUUGGUAGCAAUAGUGGGAACAAAGUCGCACCUGGUUCUAAAGGAAGUGGUACGAUGACACAUCAGUUGUCUGCAGGAAAUAGUGGGACACUUGUUUACAUGGAUCAAUUUGACCCAGCUGUGGCAACGCUAAACAUUGCUAUUAUUUGGUAUCAUCUUCAUGAGUAUACGAAAGCCCUAUCAGUUUUAGAGACUCUGUAUCACAAUAUCGAGCCAAUAGACGAGACAACAGCUCUUCAUGUUUGCUUGUUAUUGCUGGAUGUCGCACUUGCUUGUCAAGAUGCAUCCAAAUCUGCUGAUGUGCUACUCUAUCUAGAAAAAGCUUUCGGUGUCAAUACUGUUAGUCAUGGUGAUAAUGGUAAUGCACAACAGCAGCAAUCAACGAAUCUAGUUGCAAAAUCUUCUUCUAUUCCAACCAGUUCAUCAGCAGUCGAUACGUCUAAUUCUGAUUUAGGGGCUAGCGGGAGUGCCUUAGAAAGUUCGUUAUCAAGGUCGUUAUCAUUAUCAGAGGAGUCACUUGAGUACGAAUCUGUGUUUUCGCUAGACAUAAGUGCGCAGGGCUUGGGAAAGCCACCAGGCUUUUCAUCAUCUACUGAUCUUUCAUGGACCUCAGGGGACAGGGCUAUGUCUACAAUCGAUUUGAAGCUUAAGUUGCAACUCUACAAGGUUCAGGUUCUCCUUCUGACUAGGAACUUGAAACAAGCUCAGCGUGAAGUUAAGCUAGCUAUGAACAUUGCGCGAGGAAGAGACUCAUCAACAGCCUUACUCCUGAAGUCUCAGCUUGCAUAUGCCCGUGGCAACCAUCGAAAGGCUAUGAAGCUUUUGAUGGCAUCAAGUAACCGAACAGAAAUGGGGAUUUCCAACAUGUUCAAUAACUUAGGUUGCAUUUAUUAUCAACUUGGGAAAUACCACACCUCAUCAGUCCUCUUCUCAAAAGCACUGAGCAGUUGUUCAUCUCUUCGGAAGGACAAGCCUCUAAAGCUGUUAACUUUGUCACAGGAUAAGUCUCUCCCCAUAUUAUACAAUUGUGGGGUGCAGCACUUGGCAUGUGGGAAACCUUUGCUGGCUGCUCGUUGUUUUCAGAAGGCGAGCUUAAUAUUCUACAACAGGCCUCUGCUGUGGCUCCGCCUUGCUGAAUGCUGUAUUAUGGCUUUAGAGAAGGGAGUGAGUAGAGCUAGCAGUGGUGCCUCUUCUGGCAAAACAGAAAUCAUGGUGCAUGUUGUUGGUAAGGGAAAAUGGAGGCAUCUUGCUGUGGAAGAUGGGAUAUCAAGAAAUGGAUUUGCUGAAAAAGAGGGUCUGUCUCUGGGCGAUGGUCAACCUAAGCUUUCAAUUUCUUUUGCUCGGCAGUGCCUAUUCAAUGCUUUGCAUUUGUUAGACUUCUCCGAACUAAACCAUCUGAAGUACGGGUUACCGUCAUCUUUCUCCUUGGAGGAAAAUGAAUUGGGAGACACUCUGAAGAACCCGAAUCACAAGAACUUGACAGGUAUUGAUGCCACAGCCUCGACAGGCAACAUGGGUCACAUUAAUGCAAAUGGAGACGCGAAAGAGCAAAAAGGAGGAGCAACAAGCCAGGAAGUAAUGCAGAACUCGAUAUCUCACUACGAAGUUGUCCAUCGUAGAGAAAACCAGAUGAUUAAGCAAGCUCUUCUUGCAAACCUGGCCUAUGUUGAACUGGAACUUGAAAACCCCACCAAGGCUUUGUUGAGUGCAAUGUCUCUCUUGGAACUACCAGAAUGUUCAAGAAUUUUCGUCUUUCUUGGACACUUGUAUGCUGCAGAGUCACUCUGCUUACUGAACAAGCCAAAAGAAGCAGCUGAGCAUUUGUCGAUCUAUCUCUCUGGAGAAAACAAUGUCGAGUUGCCCUUCAAGCAAGAGGAUUUUGAGCAGCUGCAAGUGGAGAAAAGUUUGGAUUCGGAGGAGUCAAAUGGAGUAUCAUCAGCAGCAGCACAGAACAAGUCUUCUUCUAAUUCUGCAGAGGAAUCACAAAGCAUCGCAUUCCUGAAGCCAGACGAGGCACGUGGGACUCUGUAUGCCAAUUUUGCCGCCAUGUACGCAAUGCAAGGAGAGCUCGAGCGAGCCUACAAUUUCGUGACGCAAGCACUGACCCUUUUCCCAGGGAAUCCAGAAGCGACGUUGACAGCAGUGUACUUGGACCUAUUGCUCGGGAAGUCUGAAUCGGCCAUUACCAGGUUAAAGCAAUGUAGCCGGGUAAGGUUCGUUUCAAGCAGUGUAGUAUUGAAUAAAUCUUGA